CAGGUCUCCCCGCAGAGACAGACAGACAGCUGAGAACGUCCGCCGGAGGAGCAGACAGUCAGGCAGACUGCGGGAGAGUGUUCGCCGGGUGCAGGGACAGCUCCGUAAACGCACCGCAGAAAUGGGAGUCGAAAUCGAGACUAUAACACCAGGCGACGGAAGGACUUUCCCCAAAAAAGGACAGACGUGUGUGGUGCAUUAUGUUGGAUCUCUGACAGACGGACGUAAAUUUGACUCAUCCCGUGACAGGGACAAGCCUUUCCGGUUCAAGAUUGGCAAACAGGAGGUGAUCCGAGGCUGGGAAGAGGGCGUAGUGCAGAUGAGUGUCGGUCAGAGGGCCAAGCUGACCUGCUCACCUGACUUCGCUUAUGGAAAUAAAGGCCACCCCGGCAUCAUCCCUCCUAAUGCCACCCUCAUCUUUGACGUUGAGCUGCUGAGUUUGGAAUGAAACACAUCAGCAGGGUGUGAUUUGUUUUGUGUGACUUCCUACCUGGGUGACUUGGAGAGAAGCUAGGAGAGUCUGCACUCCAUUCUAUAAGAGGCUUGAGUCUAUAGUUUCAAUAAGUUUAUGGUCAUUAUUUUAUCAAACUAUUACAGUUUGUGUUAUUUUGUCUCUGUGACCCAAUUAUUUAUACUUUUCCAUCAUAUUCUUCUUCCUAAAAACUAUGGGCCAUAACCUCACAAACCUCCAUGUUCUUAAUCUUGAAUUUUUUGAAAUGCGCUUUACUUUUUGUGUUUUUACAAGUGUUGGUUGUGCAUGGUUACGCUGACAAGUACAAAAUACCAAUGAACCACUAGCAGUGACAUUCAAGAGUCAAUGCAUAUGAGUAUUAUAAUGUUUGAAGGCCGGCGCUUACAUUAUGUUAUAUUAUAAGGGGAAAAAAGUAUACAAAUGAAAAGCACACCACCUAAGACGGAAAAUGAUGACAAAUGAAAUGAGUUUUUAAUGAAAGAGGAAAAGGCAUAGAUUUACUAAAGUGUCAGGACAUGGGAAUAAACACAGGAACCUAGUUUGCACCAUAAAUCUUUAUUUAAAUUGUGAAGUCUAGUGUGAGCUGAGGAGCGAUAAUUGGAGAAUCAAUCACAGUUCUAACGUGUGCCUCAAAUAUUCUCGCCACACACAGUUACUACUUUGCCCUUUUUUGCAUGUUCUGGGCCUGUUGGAAAUCUUAGUAUGUACAUGUUGGAGGCUUUGCAUCUGAUUUAUUAUUGCCUUUCAUCAUGCCAAGUCUUUAAACCCCAUUUAAAGCCAUACACAGGUUGAACAAGUGCAAAGAUAGGAUUCACAGCGAUGCAUAUCAAUUGGAGUUGGUUAUUCUUUUCUUAGAAAAAGGGAAAUGCUUGAAAUUUACAAAAAUGGGGUUGAGGAAUCAAUCAGAUUGUGACCUCCUCCCAUCUUAUUUUGUGUAACAACUUCAAUUAUGUAUUUUUCAGAUGCCAACUUUCUAUCUCUAAGAAUCAACAAAGCUAGUGUAAAACAUAUUAAGAUAGCUUGUGUGGGUUUUUUUUUCUUCUUUUUUUCUUUUUUUUCGGUGUGUGUCAGUGAAGUACCACUCUGCCUACCUGGAGUCUGUGUUAUGGUAGAAAAAUGCUGACACACAGGCAUCUCAGUAGUUUUUGUAUCACAGAUAAAUAGUUUUAAAUGGAGUUUAAAUGAAGACAAGUAAUAUGCUGGCCUGGCUGUCAGAUAUUGACCAUUGCUGUCGAUGUUACAUAUUGGCGAAGCUGCAACCGGUGUUUCAGCAGUCCACCUCUGUACUGUGUAGUUAUGUGCUGAUAUGUUAGUGUUUGCAGGCUAAACCAAUGAUGAUGAUGAUGAUAUAUUUAAAAUAAAUGAAGUGCUCUCCACCUGU